CACAUCUAAAGCACCAUACACUCACAAAAAGGUUUCCAUUGCCCGCCAGAUUUCUAAUCUUUCCAUCUUCAACCUCUCAUCUUCUUCUUGGCAAAAAUGAAGCCCGUCUUUGCAACCUUCAUGCUUGUUUGCCUUGUCCUCAGCUCCUCUUUCUUUGAGGCAUCAAUGGCUGGUUCUCCAUUUUGUGACUCGAAGUGUGGGGUGAGAUGUUCAAAAGCUGGAUACAAGGAAAGGUGCUUGAAGUACUGUGGAAUCUGUUGUGAGAAAUGUCACUGCGUUCCAUCGGGGACUUAUGGGAACAAGGACGAGUGCCCUUGCUAUAGGGACCUCAAAAACUCCAAGGGCAAGGACAAGUGCCCUUAAUUGAUUCAUUUUCUUUUGUGGUCAUUUGUGAUGAUGUUGGUAUGCAUUUGUGCCUGGGAUCGGAGGUACCCUACAAAAUAUUAACGAAAGUCGAUAUUAUUGUAACUUUUAUAUAUUAAUAAAGUGGAGGUUGUACCAA